CCCGAACGUUAAAUUCAUGGGGGCGGAAGCAGGAAGUGCCUGCUUCUCAUGCUUCAGGGAGAAGAGGACGGUGCAAGUUCCCGAAAAGCUCUUUCCAACUUGUGAAUGUCCCAGAGGGUGAAAUCAACACUGGAUCCACAGCCCUUGAACUUGGAUGACGUUGGCUGUCCCUGGAAACAGCCUCCCAAAGCACAAGCACAUCCGGCGAGCUCUUUCUCACCUCACCCAGCCAGCAGUGUCUUCAUUCCCCAGGGCUAAGGCUAACGGAGCAGCAUGUCCCAAGCCACAAAGCGUAAGCAUGUGGUGAAAGAAGUCCUAGAGGAGUUCGUGAUUCCUUCAGAGCGGCAGCAGAUUGUCCGGGUGCUGGGGACUCCUGGCAAUAACCUUCAUGAGGUGGAGACGCCAGAAGGGGCAAAGUUCCUUGUGAGCAUGCCCACCAAAUUCCGCAAGAACAUUUGGAUCAAGAGAGGUGACUUCCUGCUGGUGGAUCCCAUAGAAGAAGGGGAGAAAGUAAAAGCGGAAAUCAGCUUUGUGCUGUACAAGGACCACAUUUCCUAUCUGAAGAAAGAAGGGUACUGGCCUUCUGCCUUCUUAUCUGAUGCUUCAGGAACUCAGAGCAACGCAAAAGACAGGAACGGUGUGCCAAGCCCCCCACGUUCUGCAGGGGAAGAAGACUCCGAGGACAACGACAGUGACUUGUUUGUGAACACAAACCGCGUGAAUUAUGGCUACACAGAGAGCGAGGACAGCAGUGACUCAGAGGUGGAUGAGAAGUAACCGGGCUAGACCCUGGUGGCAGAGACCUGGGCAGAGCUUUGAAUGUCCCCGCUUCUUCCUGUGGGCCGACCGUCUUUCUGGCAUUCCUCCGGGGAGGCCAAAUAGCAUUGGAAUUUUGAACAGUUGUUGUGGACAUAGUGUGUGCUCUUCCGUGCUGAGCAGCAUUCUCAAUAGCAAAAGCUCCCUCCUUCAAGAGUGCUUUGAUCUCAUCUCGACUGGAUGCUUCUGCUAUUAUUCCAGUUUAUUUCCUGCCUCCUUUUUUGCCUUAUUUAAUAAAAUGGGGCCAACCCCAGACUUGAUUGAAAUGA